GAAUGUUGACAUAUUCAUACUUAUAUUAGAAAGAAAAGAAAUAUGAUGCAUAUCUUAUAUUGAACACUCUUGUACUGUUCAUCCAUCAAUAUUUCUACUUCCUUACCCCGAUACCUUGCGUUUGAUGCAGGUCCUUAACCGCGAAUAAGAACAGUUGAUACGAAUGCAAUAGUAGUUGGAGAUUUAAUCAAAUAAAGCUCGAAGUCUGCGUGAUCUUAAGUUUAUCGGUUUUUGUCAAUGAGAGGAAUACAGCACAACUACGGAUUCGCCAAUGAUUUUGAUACAGAAUUUCAAGACAGUUUUCCCCAAAGUUAUGGCACUCAGCAGCAGUCUAAUUCCAUGGGGCUUUGUUUUCAACCAGUAGCAAUAGAAAAUGGCUCAGGUUCACCACAGCAGAACUUUUGGCCUGCAAAUUCGUCCGGCUCCAUCAUCGGCCGGUUUGGAUCACCGUCCUCUGCUUUCUAUGCGACCGAGUGGUAUAUGGGCUUAGGACAGUAUGAGAACCAAAAAAAUAUUCUGUAUUCUCGUUGCUCCCAACAAUCCAAGAAUUCUUAUCAACAGUCUGGAAAUGGAUUAUUUGGAGAUUCAGCUGAGCAAGAUUUCGAGUCAAAUAAUGCCUCCCUUCCAUCAGUUAUGAAAACUCAAACACCACAUAAUCAAUUUGCAAGUUGUGAAAGAUCCUACAUAAAUCCUUUUGGCAAACUUUCAGAGAGUGAACAAAUACUGCAACUAAAACGCAAACUGCUAGGCGAUCUUGAUAAUUCAAAUAGGAGAAACCCUUCCGUUUCAUUUGAUGCCAAUCAGGAUCUUGGUGUGUCUCAACAUCUGUAUGGUUCUCAUUUUGAGCAUCUAAAGCAGUUGGGAAAUCUGCCUGGACGUUUUUCGUCUGUUUCAAAUCAUUCUGCAUCCAGUGGAGGAGCAGUUUCAUCGAGUAAGACGAGAAUCAGAUGGACUCAAGAUCUUCAUGAUCGAUUUGUGGAGUGCGUAAAUUGCCUUGGGGGUUCUGAUAAGGCAACACCCAAGGCAAUCCUAAAAGAGAUGAAAACAGAGGGACUUACAAUCUUUCAUGUCAAAAGCCAUUUGCAGAAAUAUCGAAAUGCAAAAUGCUUGCCGGAUUCUGUUGAAGGAAAAUCUGAAAGAAAGACAAGUACCAAUAGCGGUGCACAGUUCGAUGUAAAAACUGGUAUGCAACUCAAGGAAGCACUCCAAGUGCAACUAGAUGUUCAAAAACAUCUUCAUGAACAAUUAGAGAUUCAAAGAAACUUGCAGAUGAGGAUUGAAGAACAAGGGAAGCAGCUGAAAAUGAUGUUUGAUCAGCAACAAAAAAACAACUAGAAAUCUCUUUGAAUAAAUUCAAACCCAAAUCUCGACCUCUUCACCACCUCUGGAGAUUCACAGAUUUUGGUUUCAGGAGAUUCAGAUAAUAAUAUGGUCUUCCCCUCCAAGAUAAGCUAGGUCCCUGCCACAGCCAUAGUAGAAAAUGUAAUUGGAUAAACAUUACAUACAUUAAUCAUAUACGUGUUUCUGUUUGUCAUCUUCUUGUGAAAACUCUGUUCUUGUGUAAAAUUAAAAGAUUUGAAUUUUUAUAGAGUUUUUGUAAAUUCAGGGUCAAUAGAGCAUAUGAUACCUGCAGAUUUGCAGACUGAUGAACAAA